AUGUCUCAGAGUUCUCCCUCAAAGAAAUCUUCUCCUUCCUCUGAAACAGCAUCAGGUUCUAGGGCACCCAAUGUUGUGAGUGAUCAAGAUGUUAUGUUGGAUGUUGUGCCAUUGAACUCUGUUCCUGCUACCGAUCCUGUUCGUAGUCUACCAAGAAAGAUGCAUGCAAGAAAAUCAACUGGUGGAUCUGUUCCUGAAACCUUCUCUGUUCAAGGUAGAGAGGGUUCUGCUUAUGUUCACAAUGCGAUCGCAGGUAUUGUCACAAGAAUCUUGAAUGAAGGGCACAAGGUUGAUGGAAUAUCUGUUCCUCUAGCCCAGAUUCCUACCUCUGAGAACAGCAAAGAUGAUCAAGAUGGUCAAGAUGAUGCUAGCAAAGAUCAGGGUGAUGUUGAGACAUCUGCUGAUAACAAUGAUGAGAAGACCCCAGGUGCCAAAGAUGUUGAGACAUCUGAAGCUACCAAUGUUGAAACAUCUGGUACUAAAGAUGCUGAGAUUCUUGAACCUGAGAAAGCUGAAGAGGUUCCUGUUGCUCCUUCUAAAGAAACCCUUAAUGAAGGCCCUAUUGUGCAUGAUGUGGUGAAUCUGGAUGAUCUCGAUGAUUCUAUUGACAUUGCUGAUGAUGAGCUCAUCUCUAGCAUCUCUCAUAGAGUCAAGACUCGUAAGGGCAAACAGGCUUGUGAUCAAGAUUUCUCCGAACCUCAGGUUACUCCUCAAAAGAAGGUCACUAUAAAGAAGGUCAAGAAGGUCCUUGCUGAACCUUCAACCACUGGGAGCAAGGUUGCUGUGAAGAAGAGGAAGGAAAGAAGUGUUUCUGUCCCUGAAGACGAUGUCUUAAGUGAUGUCCCUGACAUCCCAUCAAAGAAGAAGAUUGCUGUCACAAAAUCCUCCACAAAGGUUCGUGAUGUUCCUUUGGACAACAUUUACUUGCACUAUGCUUCAAAUGCUAUCCAGUGGAAGUCUGUUUAUCAAAGAAGGCUGGCUCUAGAAAGAGAAUUAGCUAAUGAUGCUCUGGAAUGUCAAGAGGUCAUGAAGCUCAUCAAGUCUGCAGUGACUGAUAAUGAGGUGUGCAAGGUAAUCACUGGUGGUAAGGUUAAGAAGUGGCCCAUAAAGAGCAAACUGUCUGCUAGUUCUCUUAAUGUCAGGUAUGCAUUGCUGCACAAAAUUGGUGCUGCUAACUGGGUGCCUACCAAUCACACUUCUACCAUUGCUGUUGGCCUAGGAAGAUUCAUAUAUGCUGUGGGAACCAAGACAAAAUUUGACUAUGGGACUUACAUAUUUGAUCAAACUAUGAGGCAUGUUGGAACCUCUACUACCAAGCUUCCCAUUGCUUUCCCAUCUCUGAUAUGUGGGAUAAUCCUCAAGCAACACCCUGGAAUUCUGAAAAGUAAAGAUUCUGUAUGUAAGAGGGAGAGUGCUUUGUCUUUUCACUACAAGCUGCUGCAGAGGUCUGAUGACAUGACAUCUGCUGGGACAUCACAACCCAGCAAGUCUGUGAACAAAGCCCUUCUUAUUGCUGAGCUGAAAGAGACUUGUCAAGAGUUGGACAACAGGAAGCUGAAACUUGAAAAGCUCAUCCAAAGUCUUGAGCAGUCUACAGAUGAUGACCUUGAUGGUGAGAGGGAUGGUGACAAUAUGGAUGAAGACAAAGGUGUUGAGGAAGAGGCUGAGGAUGCUGAGGCUGAGGGUGCUGAAAGUGGGAGUAGUGAUGCUGCUGAAGAGACUAGUAGCUCAAGUGAUGACAAUCCUGGUGGCUCUAGUGAUGAAGACAGUGAUGGGUCUGAUGAUUAG